CCCCGUGACAUGAGCCUCUGUGUACCAGCCCCUCAGCAGCGGUCCCGUCCCGCCCGGCACUCCGGACUAAAGAGCGCUUCAUGGUUGGCGCAAACAACUCUCCCGUUUCAUGACGUAUGUGCUUCACCUAGUCACCCAUUGGUCCUUCGCCUGGCGUCAGCCUCGGCGGCUCGGCCCAGGCCUCGAUCUGCCCCCCCAUCUGCCCCCAGCCCAUCCCCCAUCAACAUGCUUUCAUUUAGCCAUGCCGGCGCUGCACGUAGGCGCUCCCGCACCUGCACAGAGGGAAUGACAUCAACAGCCCCGUGUUAUCCCCCUGCCGUGUUCAGUAUAAAGUCUUGCCGCCGAGAUGUGUCCUCCCACGUCCUCUACUCACCAUGUCGCCCCUCCCAGAGUUUGCCUUUGCCGUUAACCGCAACCCCGCGCUGGCCGUCGGCCUCCCCAUCAUCCUCGGCAUCGCAGGCAACUAUGUGACCUCGGAGAUCCGCGCCAAGCGCACUGGCCAGGCCCCCAAGGCCGUCUGCCCUCCCCACCCCGCCUUCUCCUACAUCUGGAUGGCUGCUAGCGGCCUGACCGGUUACGCUGCGCACCUGACGGUGCGAGCAUUCGAUGCUGCCCCCACGCCGCAGACGACCGAGGACGCGUCCAACGCCCUCCUCCUCUACUACGCGCAGCUCGGCCUCCAGCUCCUCUGGGAGCCCCUGUUCGUCGGCCAGAACCAGAAGCAGGCUGCGCUCGCCAACUCGGUCGCGCUCCUCGGUACCGCUGUCACGAUGGCCGUCAAGAUGAGCGACCUUGUCGUUGCGCCCAUGAACACCAACUGGUUCACCGUCCCCUACUGCGCUUGGAUCGCCUACACGACGUUCCUCAACGCCCGUGUUGUUCUGGCGGAGCAGUGAGCUGCAUGCCAGCCAUGCUGACGGCGAGGAACCACUAAAUGCCGAGCCGUGUACUUGUAUCAAUGCCAGAUCAAGCGGAAGCUGAACAGUGUUGGAGUAGUCAAUGCCAAGAAGCAAUGCAAUAAUGUUGAUCGCCGGAGAAGGGAG